UAAUAAUAAUAAUAAUAAUAAAACUAUAACAAUUAUAAUAAUAAUUCUCUAUAUCUGAUCGACGGGUUUAUAUGCGCCACAACUUCCAUGCCUGUACUUCCUUUCACUUCUCCGGUUGUUAUUUAUAAUAUCAUCUGCCGGACGGUAGUUCAAUGGCCGGAGUUGAGUAACAUAGUUCUGGCGGUUACUCCGCCUGAAGUUGUAUUAGUAUCUGAUGUCGGCUGUUUUCGAACAAGUUACGGUUAUUUCUGGUGAACGGUUACUGGAAUCUCCGGUAUUGUUGUUGUUGCAUUUUCAUAAUGCGCUACGUAAAGAAGUGGCGGACUUACGUCGUACUGCGGCGGAGGCCUUGAAUGAUGGCAACAGCAGGAUCAUCUCUUCUGCUGACUUCAUUCAAGAGCUCCGCCGCAGGUUCGAGUUUUUUAAGCUUGUUAAUAAGUAUCACUCCGUCGCUGAAGAUGAGGUGAUUUUUAGAGCGUUGGAUGUACAUGUAAAGAAUGUGGUGUCUGCAUAUUCGCUUGAACAUACGAGCACAAAUGAUAUUCUGGACUCAAUUUUCCAUUAUCUAGAUGUGUUGAAGAAUGAAAAUGAAAGCUGUAUUUCUAAGCCAUUUCAAGAGCUUGUUUACUUCAUUGGUACAUUGCAGACCAGUAUUUGCAAGCAUAUGGCAAAAGAAGAAGAGCAGGUAUUUCCUUUGCUGACUCAGCAAUUCUCUACCCAAGAACAGGCUUCAUUUGUUUGGCAGUUUAUGUGUAGUGUUCCUAUGCUACUCUUAGAAGACUUCUUUCGAUGGAUGAACUCCUUCCUCUCUUCAGACGAAAGGGACAAUGUUCGUCAAUGUCUAAAAGUAGUAGUACCUAAGGAUUUAUAUCUGCAAGAGGUUGUAAUAUCAUGUCUUGAAGCAAAGGAGCAAGCCAUCACUGGAGACUUUGAUAAAUAUGGAAAAGGAUCUCUAUUCCUCAAUGGUCGUGCUAAUUUUCGGAAGAUUUUAGAAGUAUAUAAAUCUGAGGGUCAUUGCGGAGAGCCAAUGAAGCCAGGGUGUGAAUAUGCAGUUUAUGAAACUUCUCAAUACAAUCCUUUGGAUGGUGCUCAUUUAUGGCACACUGCCUAUCAUAAGGAUCUGCUAGAAGUUCUUGAAGAGCUAUAUUCAAUUCGAGAUUCAAAAGAUCUUUCAGGAUUCAUUCCUGUUAUUUUUCAGCUCAAGUUUUUUGCUGACGUCAUCAUAUUUUACAGCUAUGCAUUGGAUAAACUCUUCUACUCAAUGUGCAUAGAGUUGGCUGAAAAUUGCCCAGGUCCUUCAUAUCAACAGUUCUUGGAUGACAGUCAAAUUGAAGGUUUGCAGCAGUUGUUGUAUACGACCGAAACUGUGAUGUCAGCAACGAACUUUGUGGAGGAUCUAUGUGAUAAACUAAAAGUCUCUGCCACAGGAAUCCACAAGUACCUGACAUUUGUAGAAAUUGAGGUUUUCCCUUUUAUAAUCAUGAAUUGCAGCCGUGAAAUGCAGUGGUGGUUGUUAUAUGCUAGUCUUGAGAUGAUGCCACUUGGGUUGCUCAAGUGCACAGUUACUUGGUUCUCAAGUCAUUUAUCAGAGGAUGAAUCAAAGUCCAUUUUGCAUAGCAUAAAGCAAGGACGCCUUUUUGUUAACAAAUCGCUAUCUUCCCUGUUGUAUGAAUGGGUACGCGUUGGUUACUCAGGGAAGACAUCUGUUGACAGUUUCAGAAAAGAUCUGCGUGCAGCAUUCGAGAACAGAUGCUCGUUUUUUUCAGAACAAAUUAAGAACAAUUCUGCAUUUCCGUACUUGCAGACGGUCAAUAAAGGUGUAUCUAGCUCUUCGUCUGCCUUUUACAGCAGUAGUAUGUAUGACGCAUCAUACUCUAGCGGGAUCAACUUUCAUGUAUUUUUUCCUCAAAAUUUGAAAACUUCUACUCACUUUUCAACAAAUUGUAUAGAGAAUAACUCUGAAAGUUCCCUCCGCUAUCUAGAGUCAAAACCAGUGGAUCUUAUCUUUUUCUUCCACAAAGCUCUCAAGAAGGAUAUGGAAAACCUUGCUUCUAUUUCUGUUAAUCUGGUUGACAAUAAUGAUUUAUUUCCAGAGUUUUACCGACGUUUCCAUCUUGUACGGGUUCUACAUAAAAUACACAGCGAUGCAGAGGAUGAAAUUGCAUUUCCAGCCCUAGAAGCAAAGGAAAUUACCCAGAACAUUAGUCAUUCAUACUCCAUUGAUCAUAAAAUGGAUGUUGAGUACUUCAACAGAAUUUCCUAUGUUCUGGAUCAGAUUUCCGAAAUGUAUGUUUCAGUCUUAAGUGGACGAAUGGUAAUGUAUCGUCAGCUAUGUGUAAAGCUCCAUGACAUGUGUGAAUGCAUGAAUAGAAUGCUUUCGGACCAUGUGGACCAUGAAGAAAUUGAGUUAUGGCCUUUGUUUAGAGAACAUCUGUCUGUCAAGGAGCAAGAAAAGGUAAUAGGAUCCAUGCUUGGAAGAACACGAGCAGAAACUCUACAAGAAAUGAUACGUUGGCUUGCAGAAUCUUUGACAAUAGAAGAACACAACGCACUCAUGUCUGUAUGGCGCAAGAUUGCCAAGAACACAAUGUUUGAUCAAUGGUUAGGAGAAUGGUGGGAUGGUAUGGAAAGAUAUGACAUUCCCAAGGUUGACAAAUCAACUAUGACGACUAUGUCAGCUGCAGAGACAUUGGAAAUAAUCUCAAAGUACUUGCCAUGUGGAAAAAGUUUGUGUGAUACAAACGGAGAUUUAUCAAAAAGCAAUAUGAUUAGCUGUGGAAUUAUGCAAUGUGAAAGUUCUAAUGAUGAUGGAAAAGAAAAUCAAUCGCACAAAGACCAAGUGGUGGAGGGUUGUAAGGUUUGCAGUGAACUUGACAAGUCAAACAUAGAGAUAUCAAGUAUUACUCGUCAAAUUGAAACAGCUAAAAGUUCUGUACUAGUAUUGGGUCAAGAAGAACUUGAGGCCACAAUAAGAAGAGUCAAUUGUGACCAAACAUUGGAGCCCCAGAAGAAAUCAUUCAUUAUACAGAAUCUGAUGAUGAGCCGUUGGAUCAAUACACAACAAAAAUCUCAUGUGGAUGUUGAUGCGCUAGAUAAUCAGCAAGAUGUUCUAGGUACUUAUCCAUCUUAUCGUGAUGCUCAAAGAUUAGUUUUCGGAUGUGAACACUACAAGCGGAACUGCAAACUUGUUGCUUCCUGUUGUAACAAGAUAUACACUUGCAGAUAUUGCCAUGAUGAAGCAAAUACUGAACAUGUAAUGGACAGUCUAUGCAGAAAAGCCACAACCAUGAUGAUGUGCAUGAAGUGUUUGAUAAUCCAACCGAUUGGUCCAACAUGCUCAACCGUUUCUUGUAACAAUUUAUCAAUGGCUAGAUACUACUGCUCCAUCUGCAAACUAUUUGACGACGAGAGGAAAAUAUACCACUGCCCAUAUUGUAACCUCUGCAGAGUUGGGAAAGGUCUGGGUGUGGACUACUUUCAUUGCAUGAACUGCAAUGCCUGCAUGGGAAGGCAACUUUUGGUUCACAUCUGCAGAGUGAAGCAUCUUGAAGACAAUUGCCCAAUAUGCCAUGAGUACAUCUUCACAUCCAGCAAUCCUGUGAAGGCCCUUGCAUGUGGUCAUGUAAUGCAUUCCUCAUGUUUUCAGGAAUACACUUGCUCCAACUAUACUUGCCCGAUAUGCAGCAAGUCAUUGGGAGAUAUGCAGGUAUACUUCGGGAUGUUGGAUGCAAUGCUAGCUGAAGAGAAAAUUCCAGAGGAGUAUUCUGGCAAGACGCAGGAUAUUUUAUGCAAUGACUGUGAGAAGAGAGGAACAGCAUCGUUUCAUUGGUUAUACCAUAAAUGUGCUCGCUGUGGUUCCUACAACACCCGGCUUAUUUGAAUCAGAUGAAUUGCUUUCCAUGGUUGCAUAUUACCUCCUUGGGAUCUAUGGUAUUGAAGCGGGACUGGAUUUUGUCAUAAUGAUCAUGUAUAAAUUUAAAGUUUGUUGUUAUUAUUUGCAUCAAAUAAGUUCCCUCCAGCAAAAACAUUUUCGAUAUUGUCACUGGAGUUGUUUUGACUAAUGUAAUUAGCACUGUUAUGGGUGACCGUAUUGCACUGUUCUCAGAGCACUUAUGUAUGUGAUGCAAGUGAACACGUACUAAAAAGCUCACAAAUAGAAGCUCAUUUUGUAUUUUC